AUCUCUUUUUAAAGACGCGCUUAAACUCCCUCGAUCUUCACCUCCUUCCAUCGAGCCUCCUCUGCAUCGCCGAGCUCUGGCUUCAGGAGAAAAACUUGUGAAAAAAUGGCGUACGCAGCGAUGAAACCCACAAAGGACGGCUUGGAGGCGUCAUUGGAGCAAAUCCACAAGAUCCGUAUCACUCUGUCCUCGAAGAAUGUUAAAAAUCUCGAAAAAGUGUGCACUGAUUUGGUUAGAGGAGCAAAGGACAAGAGGCUUCGAGUCAAGGGACCGGUAAGAAUGCCGACCAAAGUUCUUCACAUCACUACCAGAAAAGCACCUUGUGGUGAAGGUACCAACACAUGGGACAGAUUUGAACUGAGGAUUCACAAGAGGGUGAUAGACCUAUUCAGCUCGCCCGACGUGGUCAAGCAGAUCACUUCCAUCACCAUUGAACCCGGCGUCGAGGUUGAGGUCACCAUUGCCGAUUCUUAGACAAAGUCUCUUCCUCUUUUUUUUUUUUUUGCCCUCUUAUUGCCGUCAUCACCAUUGUCUUGAUUCUUGAAGAAAGUCUCUUCCCUUUUUGCCUCUUAGUUCCUCAAGAUUCUGCCCUUUGUCUAUUACGGCCUUAGUUCUUGUAUUUUUCCACAGUUUGAGGAGUUUUUGUCAAUCGUUUUUUUUUUUUUUU